AUGAAUAUCAGCCCCUAUGAACUGAGGGCAUUUAACUGUUACCUCUUUAUAAAAUGGCUCUGCAGAGUAGUGAUUUCCUCGAUUUUCACCAAUAUCACAAUCAUUCACGAAGAAAGGCUACCCCUGUACGGGCCACUUAUCGUAGUCAGUAACCACAACAACCAAUUUGUGGACGCAGCGCUCUUAAUAUAUGCAAUACCACGCCAAAUGUGCUUUUUAGUGGCCACUAAAACUUUGAAAAGGAAGUUGAUAGGAACUUUGUGCUCACUAGCCGGCUGCAUCUCAGUGUACAGACCGGAUGAUUUCAAGUAUACAGGAGUGGGAAAGAUACACUGGAAGAAGGGAACGAAUUUGAUUCACGGAAGAGAUACAAAAUUCACACUAGAUCUCAAUUUAGGAGAUAAAUUGCAAUUUGACCUGGAAAAAAUCGUAAUUACAGAGAUCAUAAGCGACACGCAAUUGAAGUUAGAAACACCGCUACAGUUGGAGUGCCCUGAUAAAAAUGGAGUUCAAUUCUCCGUGAUUCCUAAAAUGGAUCAGUCUGAAACCUACGAGCAGGUUUCUGCGUCAUUAAAACAUGGAAACGCAAUAGUUAUAUUCCCAGAGGGUGGUUCACAUGAUAGAACUAAUUUGCUUCCCCUGAAGCCCGGUGUUGCUCUAAUGGCGUUCUUUUCAAUCCUGGAUGGAGCAGAAGAUGUGGUUAUCCUGCCAGUUGGGUUGGUGUACAAUAAUGUAAAGAAGGACCAGUCUGAUGCAACGAUAUACUACGGGAACGUUAUUAGCAUCACCAGAGAAGAAUGCGCCGAAUUUGAAAGAGAUAGGCGCUCAGUGGUAACAAAACUGCUGGGUAAAAUAGAACAGGAAAUUAAUAAUUGUAUGAUAACAGCACCAGAUAUCAAAAUUAAGAAGUGGAUAGAUUUGUGUGCAAGCCUGUACCCGCCAGAAAGGUCAAAAGUGCCAGUAAAUAUAGCCUUCGACCUGAGAAAGUUCAUAUCUAAAAUAUUCUGGAAAUAUGGAGAUAGCCCAGAGACUUUAGAACUAGUUGAUAAACUAUCAGUGUAUAAAAAAAGAUUAGAUAACGGAUACCUACAUGAUGAUGAAAUCUGGCUGCUUAAGCAGUCGAUGUAUUCAGCAUUCCUGUCCUUCCUGGAGGACACCAUACGUUUAAUUUGCUACAGUAUAAUAGGCUUGUCAUUUGCACCACUCUGGGUUCCACUUUAUCUCCUCUCGAACUACUUGGCGGAAAGACACAGAGUCAAGGCACUCAAAAACAGUUCAGUAAAACUUGUCGGAACCGACGUGUUUGUCAGCUACAAGUGUCUAGUUCUGAUAGUAGUAGUCCCACUCCUCAAUUUCUCGUUGGGACUUUUUAUAGGACUUUAUUUCUACCGGUUAGUUAAUUAG